AAUUUUUGGAAUUCUUACGUUAACGAUACAAGAACCUCACUGAACUCUUACGAACGGAACGGUUGUCCUAACUAUCAAAAAUAGAGCGUCACUAAAAUUUAAAAAUUGUAUCAUCACAACGAAAAAUAUAUCUUUCUAAUUUAUAUAUUUUUUCUGAAAAGCCGAUAACACAUGUAUUUUUAUAUAAAUAACAAUAAUUAUUAAGCCUCACGGUUAAAGAUAAUCUUAUAGGAAAACAUGAAGAUGGGUUCUCCAGCUAUUAAACAACACAAACGUUCCAGCAAAUCCUCAAAUAUCAGCAUGUCGACUUCGGAGGUAAAUGAGAAUUUUGUCGAAUCGAAAUUCUUUAGCUGGAUGCGACUAUUUCGAUUUGCUUCCCUGCUUUGCCGUGCCGAAUAAUAGGCGUAACGCAUAUACAAAACUAUGGUCCUCUAUUGGGUUAUACUGUAAGUGACUGGGGAGUAUAAAAACAAGUGUUUGUUAAAAAGAAACAGUACACUAACUCAGACCAUGGCAAAAUUUCUAAAAGAAUUUCAGAAAUUUAUUUAAGAACUUUAAGUGCAAAAUUUAUUUUACAUUGUUUUAACUUUUUAUGCUUCAAAUAAGCAAUUUUUUAAAAAUUAUAUAUAAUUUUGCCUGAUCGAAUUUGAAAUAGUCAAUUUUGUGUGAAAGCAACAAAUAUCAAUGCAUUUCGCAUAACUUAAUUAUUAAUUAAAUAUUUAAAUUAAAUGCAAGUUUUUUUUAAUUCUAAGAUUAUGUAUUACGCACCACCGGUUCAAGAAUAUGAUAUAUGAAAGGUAUGUUGCCAUACCAAUUCCACUCGUAUAUACAUAGAAUUUAGUCAUGCCUAUCUGUUAGCAAACCAACUUUUUGUGAUAUUAUUAUCAAUACCGUAUCUAAUAGCGACACGUCAUAUCUUGCCCGAUUUUUGAUUUAAUAGUUUAAUUAGCGACAAUUUUGAAUCCUUCCUUCAACGGAAAACAUAUUCCGGUCUUCGAGAUCAAAAGAGCAGUACUUGUGUGGUGAUACUUUUUUGUUGUUAUUAUUUUAGCUUGCAUUAUUAAUCUUAACAUAGUUAUAAAACCUUCAUAAAAAUUUAAUCUUAUUAAUAAAAAAAUUUCUUAUAGAAUCGUUACUAUUAAAAGUUAUUUCAAAGAUAAAUACGAAUACAAAUACAAAUACAAAUACAAAUAUUGUUAAAAUAUGAAAGCAUGGUCUCAUUCUAGAAUGCGUAGACAAGAUCAGUUUAUUUACUAUUCCAAGUAGCUAUAAUCUACAAUAAAAGUUAAGGAGUCGUGUAUAUUUAUGCGAUUUUAUAUAUUAUAUAUA